AUUUAGGCUGUGCCUACCUCUUGCACAUAUCGACAGGCACAAUCUCAGCCACAUUGCGGCGCGAGAUGCCGUACAUGCAGUCUGCAUAAGCCUCACCGGCGCCGAUGUGAACGAAGCUUGACAUAGCCAGCAAGGCCUCAACGUAAGUCUUGGACAGUGAAUUAUACUCAUCCGUACUAGCCUGUAUACUUCCCAUUGGCUACGCACCACUUCGUGAUAAUCUGCUUCUGGAGGGUAGGUCACAGCAAUACCGUCGCUAUGCAGGAGUGUGAAUAUAAGUGCAGACAGUUGCGCUAGAUGGGUAACACUCUCAUCAACACGUUUCAGUACAUUCACCAUGGCAGCAGACGGCACUCCAGUCGAAGGUAGUCUGUACUUCUACGCGCCCACCAAAAUCGCACCUCCAAUCUUCGCAGCAUGCUUCCUCGCCGCAUCCAUCGCUCACGUCUGGCAAUGCUUCAAGUACAGGUCCUGGAGCAUCACCGCCCUGCAUCCUAUGUGUGCCCUGAUGUUCACAGCUGGUUUCGCUCUUCGCAUAUAUGACGCCUGGAACUUUGAUAACAUCAAGACGUUCGUUGCCAGCAACCUCCUGAUCUACUGCGCCCCUCCACUUCUCGAGCUGGCCAACUACCAUGUCCUUGGACGCAUUCUUUACUACGUCCCGUAUUUCGCGCCACUCCAUCCAGGACGCACUCUUACCACCUUCGGACUCCUCUCCGCUGGGGUGGAAGUCAUGAACGCUCUCGGCGUCUCGUAUCUCUUGAGACCAGAAUCCGGCGAGAGCAGGCAGAACAUCGGCUACGGCCUGAUGAAAGCUUCGCUCAUCUGCCAACUCGGGGUCAUCUCAAUCUUCUGCGUCAUCUCUGGCGUCUUCCACAGACGCUGCGUGAGGGCUGGUAUUACCUCGCGCCAAGUGCAAGGCCCCCUGUGGACAAUGUACAUCAGCAUGACACUCAUCCUGAUCCGCACAAUCUACCGCAUCGUCGAGCACUUCGGCACCAGCCGAGUCCCCGCCAACCCCCGGCCAAACUGGGACCCAAUGUCCUUGUCACCAAUCGUGCGCUACGAGUGGUUCUUCUGGGUCUUCGAAGCAAGCCUGAUGCUCAUGAACACUGUGUUGUGGAACGUCCGACACCCGCGCCGCUAUCUGCCGGAGGACUACCAUGUCUACCUUGCGCAGGAUGGGAAGACGGAGCUCAAGGGACCGGGCUGGAAGGACGAGAUGCCGUGGUUCAUGACGUUUAUCGAUCCGUGUGGACUGACGAUCGCGGUGACGGGUGGGGGGAGGAAGAAACAGCAGCCAUUCUGGGAGACAAACGGCUUUGAACACAUCCCUCUUGUGCAGACUGCGAGUGGACAAGGAAAGCCUUCGGACGCCUCCAGUGGCAUGUACGUUUGAUAGAUUUUGCACUUUGCUUUGCCCCGCUUUGGUUUUACUGGCGCUGGGUAUAGACUUGUAUCAUCAUGCUAUUAACACAACUGCGACAAGCUGCAUUCGUUCCAAGCUUUAGCCACUUCCUAUUUCUUGCUCCCGGCCGCUUGUAGACGUUCACAGCACUUGUAGGGGCAGAUUUGCGUAAUUACGUCGGCUGAAUGACUGGCUGCCGUUCUUCACACCGCCUGCAAUCCAGCUCCAUGACACGUGACUGUAUAGAUUCACAGCCACCUGAUAGGGACUGCAUCCGACGCCUGGACUGUUGAAGAUGAGAGCGCCGUGUUGGUUGGUGUAGGGAGU